UUGGAAAUUUCAUCUUCGAAAUUUUGGAAAAACACAAACUUUGAUUGUUUUUUUUCGAUUUUUGUUUUCAAAAAUAUUUUCCCAAUUCAUCCACAAUGGCCCAACCUUCCAAACAAAAACUUAAAAAACUAUUGGCAUGGCUUGAGAUUCAAACUAUUGAUUUUUAUUUUAUUCCAGCUUAUAAUGAAUAUAUUGAAAUGCUUAAUGCAUUUAUUCAGAAAAAAGGUACGGCAAAUAUUGAUCGCAAAAAAUUCAAACUUCAACUUGAAAAAGCUGAAAAUUUUUUAAUAUCAUCCAAUUUAUCAUCGUUGAAGGCAAAAAGAUCUUUGGAAUCAAAUAUUAAUCUGGCCAAACAAAUUAUUUCAAAUAUGACUAAAGAUGAUCAACCUGAAGUCAUCGUUAGUGGCAGUGAUUCGAUAAAUGAAUCUUCCAAUCUUUCUCAAAUUCAAGAAGAAUCUAACAAUGAUCGUGUUCAUAUCGAUUUUUUGACCGAAAUCAAAAAUAAAUUGUCCGACGCUAAUUACGAGAAACUCGAGAGUUAUACAUCGGGGAUGGUUUCAUGUCGAGUGAGGUUCAAUCUUACUGAACGGGCAAUACGUGAUUUCCAUUCUCUUUACACUAUGUUUAUUGAUCCUGAUCUUAUGCCCUAUAUAUCACAAAUGUCAGAUUCUUCUUACAUUCGAGAAAAAUUCAAUGUGAUCAAUCCGCAUCGUGAUGAUCAAGAUUAUUUCAGUCCAUAAUAAUUUUUUUUCAAAAUG